UGUGUGUGUGUGUGUUUAACGAGACACAAUGCGGCUGUGCACUCCGUCUCUUCUCUGCAUGCUGCUGGUUUUAUUCACCUUUAAAGCAGUAGACGGUUGUUAUGGACAAUUCUAUGCACAGUGCUACUACACUCGGGAUCUGGUCACCAUCGAAUUCAUUUUCUCUUGGUACUUCAACAAGGCUGAGUAUCUGAGAUACAACAGCACGACGGAUAGAUACACAGGAUACACAGUUUAUGGAGCGAAAAUGGCAGAAUCACUAAAUCUAGACCCCAAAAACAGUCUCUAUUUCUAUGUGUACACACUCUGUAAACAUAACAGUGAUAAAUACUCCACAAACGUCCUGAAGAGAGUGAAGCCCGAGGUCACAGUGAGGUCACUGAGAUCUGAGUCUGACAAUCUCCCGGCCAUGCUGAUGUGCGCUGCGUACGAUUAUCACCCAAAAGGAAUCAAAGUGUCAUGGCUGAGAGACGGCAAGGUCGUGAGCGAGGGCGUUUCCUCCACAGAUGAGCUUUCAGAUGGAGACUGGUACUAUCAGAUCCACACUUAUCUAGAGUACGUACCGAGACCUGGAGAGAACAUCUCCUGCAUGGUGGAGCACGAGAGCUUAACACGACCACACAUACACACCUGGGAUCGUCCCCUUCCUGUGGAUCAGAGGAACAAGCUGAUUAUUGGCAUUUUUCUCCUGGUGCUGGGAAUCGUUUUGGCUGUUGCUGGAUUUCUUUAUUCCAUGCUGAGAUCUAAAGAACGUAUUGCAAAGCAAACCUCACAGUCACAGUCUAUAUCUUUAGAAAGCACCGUUUCAGAGACGAGUUCAGAAGCUUCAAAUCAAGAACAUACUACAAUUCUGGAUCAGGAUGAAAUAGUCUUGAUAGAUUACAAGACCAAGAAGCAAAUCAGCCGACUUCCUCCGUUUGCAGACCCGAUUGAUUUUGAGGACUUGUAUGACUUUGCCGUUGCUAAAAGAACUGAAUGCAUUCAGAACAUCAAAAAUGUGACAGCGGCGAUCGGCAGGCCAUCUGAGCCCAGAGAUCCUCCAGAGAUCAGCGUCUACCCAAGACACGACGUGGUUCCUGGAGAAAAAAAUAUCUUCAUCUGCUUCGUAAAGAACUUCUAUCCUCCACACAUCAGAGUGAACUGGACGAGGAACGGUGUGUCGGUGACAGAGGGAGUUUACAUCAGCCAGUUUUCAAUAAACAGCGACGGAACCUUCAAUUUAUUCUCCACACUGACGAGUUCUCCGAAUGAAGGAGAUGAAUACAGCUGCACGGUGGAGCAUCAAGCUCUGGACUCGCCUCAGACUAGAACAUGGGAUGAAUCAGUGGUAACUCCACCUGAAACUCCGAGUGUAACUCCGACGGUGGUGUUUGCAGUGGGAAUUGCUCACAGUGAACAUUUCACCACCAGGCCACCAGAGGGCAUCCUCAACCAGGGAACUGGAGGAACUGAGGCACUGGUUUCACCCCUGAUGUGGUGGCUCUGGAAGAAACCUCAAAGGAACCAUAGAGAGACUCUUAAUCAGCCACCUAACGCAGAACACAAAGUCUGGCAGAUCAUCCAGAGACAGCAGGAUCUCGUUCUCCUGGGCAGAGAGACCGUGAGAAGAUCCCGGACCGACACAAUGCAGCUGUGCGCUCCGUCUCUUCUCUGCAUGCUGUUGGCUUUAUUUACCUUUAAAGCAGUAGAUGCUUACUAUGGACAGCGAUUCAAGCAGUGCUAUUACAGCAGAGAUUCCAGCACCAUUGAAUUCAUUUAUUCUUGGUUCUUCAACAAGGUCGAGUAUCUGAGAUACAACAGCACUUCAGAUAAAUACACAGGAUACACAGAUUACGGCGUGACGGAGGCAAACUCGCUGAAUCAAAACCACAGUAACAGCCGCUAUCACUAUAUCAAAGAAUUCUGCAGUGCUACCAAAGAUAAGCUCUUCAGUAACGUCCUGAAGACAGUGAAGCCCGAGGUCACAGUGAGGUCACUGAGAUCUGAGUCUGACAAUCUCCCGGCCAUGCUGAUGUGCGCUGCGUACGAUUAUUUCCCAAGUGGAAUCAAAGUGUCAUGGCUGAGAGACGGCAAGGUCGUGAGCGAGGGCGUUUCCUCCACAGAUGAGCUUUCAGAUGGAGACUGGUACUAUCAGAUCCACACUUAUCUAGAGUACGUACCGAGACCUGGAGAGAACAUCUCCUGCAUGGUGGAGCACGAGAGCUUAACACGACCACACAUACACACCUGGGCGCCUCCGCUUCCUGCGGAUGAGAGGAACAAGCUGAUUAUCGGCAUUUUUCUCCUGGUGCUGGGAAUCGUUUUGGCCGUCGCUGGUUUUCUUUAUUACAUGCUGAGGUUUAAAGAAUGUCCUGCAAAACAAACUUCACAGUCUGUAUCUUUAGAACACACUGUUUCAGAGGCGAGUUCAGAAGCUUCAAAUCCAUGAACACUUUCUUCAAAUCUACAUUUGGAAUGACUCAGAACUUUUGAGUCAGAUGAUUUCAUCAUCUCUGCUUAUGAUUUAAUAUUAAAUAUGAUCAGGAGUCACUACAAAGCUUCAUAUGGCUGAGUUUUAGCUGAAUCUGAAUCGCCUGAUUCCUUCAGAUUUCACUGAAUGUAGAUGUAGAUGUUUGUAGAGUUGUUCAGUGAAUUCAGUUAUUGAUGAUGUGUUUCUCAGCUGUUUAAACUCUACAAUGGAUCUGCAAGUUUUAUUUGUUCCCAGUGUUUAUUUAAUUAAGAUUAUUAAUUUUGUGGUUUUGGUUCUUAUUAUUGUAUUUUGUGUUAUAUAUAUUUUUUAUUUUGUGUUAUAAUUAGGUGUUUAGGAGGGGUGGAAUGUUUAUAUCGUAGGCUUACGUCAAACGUCAAAAUAAAAAAGACUUCCUCAUAGGAA